CGCGAGUACAGACCACCACAUUCCAUCCACAUCGAACAAGCGCGUCGUCCGCAACAGGCGCCAGAUCCCCGCUCUUGGAUCGUGGCCUCCGUUUAGUUUAUCACCAUAAACUUCCCGCGUUAGGAGAUUUUUGCUGGCUCGCUCGUAACGGUGCGUUAGCAGGGGUAGCAACGCCGGAUGCAACAGAGCCAUGGGCAGAGGCGGGGAUAAGGACAGGCCGCUACGGGUGGUGUCGCUGCUGGGCGCGGCGAGCGAGGUGGUGGCGGCGCUGGGCUUGGAACGCCUGCUGGUGGGGCGCUCGCACGAGUGCAAGUUCCCGCCGUCCGUGCGCGCGCUGCCGUGCGUGUCGUCGCCCGCGCUGGGCCCGGAUCUCGAGCAGCAGAGCUGCGCCACGGUGCACGACAGGCUGUCGGAGCGCGUGCGCAGGGGCCUGUCGCGGUACCACGUGGACGUCGAGGCGAUCAGGCGCCUGCAGCCGGAUGUGAUAAUAACUCAGGAUGCGUGCGACGUGUGCGCCGUGACUGUAUCGGACCUCGAGGCGGCCUGCACCGAGUACUUCAAGCAGCGCGACGACGCGGGAAGCGCGUGCCACGUGGUGUCGCUGCGGCCAAUCACCGUGUCCGACGUGUGGGAGAACAUGCUUCAGAUUGCUGAGGCCGUCGGCCACACGGAGGAGGGCUGCGCGCUCGUACAAGCGCUACAGGCGCGCUGGUCGCUCGUGCGCCAGCAGGUUCCGCUCCGCGGAGCCCCCCCGCGGGUGGUGUGCGUGCAGUGGCUGCAGCCGGUCAUGGGCGCGGGGUACUGGGUUCCCGAGAUCGUCGCGUGCGCUGGGGGGGAGAGCCACUCAGGGAAGCCGGGGGAUCGCACGGCCAUGCUCUCUCUAGAAGCGCUGCUAUCGCUAGACCCGGACGUCAUCGUGGUCAUGUGCUGCGGGCUGCCCGUGGAAGCCAUUCUCAAGAAUCUCCUCACCUGCGAGGACCUCCCCCAGUGGAACCGCCUGCGAGCCGUGCAGACGGACGCCGUGUUUGUGGCGGACGGCGACCGCUACUUCAACAACUCGGGGCCCACCAUAGUGGACUCCGCAGAAAUCAUGCUCGAGAUUCUCCACGCGCGCCGCUUCCAACAGCACAGAACCCCAUCAGACCGCACUGAUGCAGCCGCUGCCGCUGCCGGUGAUGCUGGUGUGGCUGACACCUCUGCCUCGCUGCCCUGCUCCAACGGCCUUGUGGGUGGGGAAGGCACGGAAUCCCCCAAGAUUGAGGUUAAGCAUGAGGGGAGGGCGUACAUACAGUUAACGGGCGGGCGGGUGGAGGCCUGGCACGCUUGUGACAGACGGCCGAGGGAUUAACCUGGGGGGUUGGGGAGGAGGGGACGGGGGGAGAGGAAGGGGUGGCGGGGAAGGCUGGAUUGUGGAAAGGGGAGGGGAUGAAUGCGCCAAGUGGUAGGCGGAGGAGGGCCGGCAGUAAGUUGAGAAUCUGCUGCCUAACAGGGUGCUGUUCUGUGUGGGAGCCCACUCAACUGGAGCGAGAGGGGUGAAGGUAGAGCUGGGCGGCAGUAGGCAAACGGCUGCAACAGGCUUGUUGCGGGCGCACUGUGGGAGCAAACAGGGGAUGGCAAUCAUGGCGAUGCAUCAAGGCACAAUGCAGGUCGUUCGUGCCAUAAGCCAAGGGUGCACGAGCGAAAGGAGGGCAUGCCGCUAUAAAGAGUUUUGCAAAUCGAAGCAGAUGGUCUCAAAAUAUAUAUAUUUAUAUAUGUGUGUGUAGGCUAGGUAGGUGUUCUAUCUUAGAACUGAAGAGUUUGAAUGGAGAGAGAGUACAAGGGUUUAUACCUAAGAG